AUGUCGCAAACUACUAUGACUGUCACGGCUCGAAAGCCCGAACAGAAGAAAUCGGAGGCCUCUGUCCCUGAUGUGAACACAAUCAGAAAUGCCAUUCCGGCGCAUUGCUUUGAGCCAUCGACAUUGCGCUCAUUGUCGUAUGUUGCUAGAGAUCUUACUCUGGCGGCCGCUCUAGGUUGGCUUGCCCUGACCUAUAUCCCACAAAUUCCCAGCACUCUAUACCGCACAAUCGCCUGGAUUGUCUACGGAUUUUGCCAGGGCUGCGUCGGUACUGGAAUCUGGAUUCUGGCCCAUGAAGCUGGUCACGGUGCCUUCUCAGCACACCAGACCCUUAAUGAUAUUGUCGGCUGGGCUCUUCAUUCGGCAUUGCUAGUCCCAUACUUCUCUUGGAAGUUCUCGCACCAUCGCCACCACCGAUACACUGGCCAUAUGGAAAAGGACAUGGCUUUUGUGCCAGCGACCCGACCUAACUCACCCAAGAAAGGCUUCAGCACUCUCUACCUCAACCCCGAAUGGCUUGAGGACUUUGAGGACGCCCCGAUUAUCCAGCUUCUACGUUUGAUAGUGCAUCAGCUUGGCGGGUGGCAGGCAUAUCUCCUUUUCAAUGUCUCGGCUGGUAAGGCUAGUCGCCAAUACGAGGGAUCCAGCUGGUUCCGCAACAGCCACUUCGACCCUGGUAGUGCAGUCUUCCGACCGAAUGAGGCUCUCUACAUCGUGCUCUCAGAUAUCGGCCUUGCCAUUACAAUCGCAGCCCUGUAUAUGGCUUCGAAGGUUGUGGGAGGAAGCACGGUAUUCCUACUUUACGGAGUUCCCUAUUUUUGGGUUCAUCAUUGGCUUGUCGCUAUUACCUAUUUGCAUCACACUCAUCCAGAGUUGCCUCACUAUGAGGCUGAUUCCUGGACCUUUGUCAAGGGUGCUCUUGCUACAGUUGACCGUGAUUUCGGGUUCAUUGGCCGCCACAUGUUCCAUGGUAUCAUCGAUACCCACGUUGUCCACCAUCUUUUCCCGCGCAUCCCAUUCUACUACGCCGAUGAGGCAACUGAGGCUAUCAAGACCCUUCUUGGAGAUCUCUACCACCGAGACGACCGAUCCUUUAUGGGACAACUUUGGACCACCUUCAACGAGUGCAAAUUUGUUGAAAGCAACCCUAAAGUUCCUGGUGCUUUGAAAUGGGCUGAAUAA